AUUAGUUGAUCUCACGCAUCGCAUGAUCGGAGAUGCUGCAUCAGCACCUAGAAUUGGUGUAACGAAAGACAGAUGAUGUGGAGAAACAGAUGAGCAGCUGUACGACAACGAUAUCGGCAGUAUUUUGGUCACAUAGCUUGCUGAGAUGGCCACGCGAUACUUUCCAGUUGGUGUGAGGAAGGAUGCACUUGAGGAGCAGGGUGAGGAAACGUUCUCGGAUGUUGAGAUUUACACGGCAGUCAAUGACAAACAACCACACCGCCUAGAAAAUGGAAGCUGGAAGCGUACAAAACCCAUUGUGAUCGCGAUUAUCGUGCUAGUGUUCUUUCUUGCCGCCUCAUUGACAGCUCAGGCUGCGUUCAAGCCGAAAUCGAAUGGGCGAAACAGCCCGGUUCCCCAAAUACCGACAGAAGAAGUAGUGUUUGGUAAUUAUUCCGAUUACAGUGCUGCUCCAACAAUUGAAAACAAUGUGAUGUGGAUGGAUUUGCUUGGUUCCGGCAUGGGAUUCGUAUCAAUCAAGAACCCAUCUCAAUACGGACUAGCAAACGGUGUCUCAAAUCCCCACAUGCCACACAACGUGCAGAACUAUGGCGUGAGCAUGUAUCACCAAAUUCACUGCCUGAUGAUGAUCCGCACCCUCUACUGGCAAGCCCUCCGCGGCGACCGUACCCUCAGAAUGGCCGAGAAUGACGGCCUCGAAGAAGAAAUGGGACAUGUGAACCACUGUUUUGAUUAUAUCCGUCAGGGUAUCAUGUGUGCAGGUGAUAUGUCGAUUGAGGGAGCAGCAGAUGAGAGGGACGGGGAAGCACCGCAUAUUAGUGGGGUCGGGAUGAAACAUGAGUGUAAGAGUUGGAAGGCUUCGAGGAAGUGGAUGGAUGAGAAUUUACCGGCAAGGUAAGGAGUGGGUGAGGAAGGAUAUCGGUUUUGGGCCUAGAUCAGGUCGGAAUGCUGUCUCCGAGUCGAGACGCGAGACGGCUAUGCAACUGCGGUGGUUGUAGGCCAGUACAUGAUACAUAAUUGGUGAGCUCAUAGAGUAAAGAAACACCCAUUUUCG